GUGGUGAUUGCUACGUCGAUCGAACGAACGAAAGUACGAAACGCGUGUAGUAUUCGGAGCUAAAGAUUUUUACUUCAGAUUUUAGGUAAGGCAGACAUAAGGUAAAGACAGACAGUAAAUUUGGAAUACAUUACACAUCAUGAUGUAUCCCAUGAAGAAAAUUGUUGCUCAUGACAGUGAAAUACUUUUACCGAAGUGCAUGUAUACGGUAAAAAAUCGAACAAAUUUAAUUCUAACUGCUGAAGACGAUACCAACAUCAAUAUCAGUAACCAGGUUAUCAAGUUUCUUAAGGGAUCAAACAGCAAAAUGACUGAGUUGGAAAAGCGACAAGACCAGCUAUUAAAAAAGUUGGAUAACUUAUAUGACAGAAUUAAAACCAUAAGCUCAUACUGUAAUGUGAGCCAUGUAAAAGAAGUGAAAAUAAGCAAAAACAAUAAAGCAUGUUUGCCAACUCCUCAGGAAGUUGUAUUGAUUACUAGCCCAGACAGUCUGCCCUGGUUCCUUAGUGUGAUUUUGAAACAAUCCCCUGAACCAAUUCAUAUGUUAUGGCAUAUUCACUCAUCAGUGCCAAAUGACAAAGUGGCAAAAGUGAAAAACUUUGUGAAUAACUUACCAAAUUCACAGAGCUCAAACAUUAAUUUAAGGCUGAUAUUUAAAUGUGUUUCGGCUGACACUGAAUUGAAAUUGAGUUCUCUAGCUGUCCCCAUCAUAGGCAAUGUCAACAUUUUACGGUACUUGUCAUAUGUUUAUCCAAAUGUAGUACCAUACAAUCCUGAUGACCACCAGGUUGACUAUUUGCUUGACCUUUGCCACUUGUUGGAAAGAACACCAGAGAAGAACAAAGAAGCAAUUAUUAACAAAUUAUGUUCACAAUAUAAAGAUUGGCUGUAUGGUGAUGAAUACUCAAUUGUAGAUUUAGCUGCUUUUAACAUAGUCAAACAAUGGAAGAAUAUUCCUAAAUCUGUACCUAAAAGCUGGUUUGACAAAUUGUGUUCUUAAUUUUAAAAUUACAUGAUUAAAAACAGAAAUUAUGAUAUUUCUUAAUAAUAUAAAAUAAACAAUAUUUAUAACAUGGUUGUUUUUUAUUCAG